AUGACGAUCAUUUACUUUAUAAAUAUUCUAUAUUUGGAUGAUACUUUUAUCGGUUUCAAUCAAUAUCAAUUAUCAAUUAAUUUAAUACGAUUAUCACAGAAUGUUAUCAAAGUACCUAUUACCAUUUUUGAUCAUCAUCCAUCAUUGAAUCCAGAUUUCGAAUAUCCUCAAUAUGGAUCAUUAACAAAAGGAUUGGUAGAGGAUAUUUUAGGAAAGGACAGUCUUCCAGUUCUCAAAAAAAAUUAUCCAGCUAGUGGUUUGAUCACGAGCCAACAAACAUUCAAUCAAUGGUUUGUACCAGUCAAAGGAGUCAACUUGGGUGUCAUUAGUACAUUGGAUUUCCAAAAGAGUACAACAGACGGCAGCAAAUAUUCCAUAAACAACGAUGCAUUCUUUCCAAUCGAUAAUAUGGGUUUAGAUUCACUCAAAAAUGAAUCUGGUUAUAUAUAUCGUCGUUAUGCUGAUGAGCAAGGAAACUAUCACAAUUAUCAUUUCUGUUUACAUAUGCAAUCAAACUUUUAUUAUAGAGGUACAGAAUCAUUUACAUUUAAAGGUGAUGAUGAUGUUUGGUUGUUUAUUAAUAACAAGUUGGUUGUUGAUCUUGGUGGUAUUCAUACCCAAGCAAACCAAACUAUUAAUUUUAAAGAUUUGGGUCUAGUUUCAACUGAAAAUAAACCAGUUAAAUUUGAUUUCUUUUAUUGUGAAAGACAUACCUAUGCAUCAGAGAUUGAAAUUGAAACUGAAUUGGAAUUCUUGUGUCUUAGAAAAGAUUAUUGUGGAAUUUGUGGUGGAUCUGGUUCAGAGUGUUGUAAUCCUAAUGUCGAUUGUUCAGACAAUGAUCCAUGUACCGUAGAUGCUUGUCCAUCUGUCAGCACUCCCGAUAUUACUGAAGCCAACUGGAAAACCAAGUGUGUACACACUCCCAUCACUUGCUCUGCUCCAGACAGAUGUCACAACUCUGCCUGCUCCAAUGGAACCUGUGUCGUAUCAGAUGUUGUUUGUCCAGAAAAACCAUGUUCAAAGAGCUACUGUAACAAAGACUCUGGAUGUGGUUACACAGCCACAGAAUGCAAGCCAGCCGACAAGUGUACCAACGCUGCCUGUGAUCCAAGCACUGGAGCCUGUAAAUCUACCCCAAUAUCAUGUAACGACAAUAACCCUUGUACCAUUGACAGUUGUGACCCGGCUGUUGGAUGUUUGUUCAAGGCCAAGUGUCAGAAAGCUGGUGAUUGUCAAAAGGAUGUUUGUUCACCAACUGGAGAAUGUAGUAUAGAGACCAUUCCAGAAGGGCAAUGUGUAUGUGACUGUCCUCGUACUGGUUGCGAAGAUUUCAAGUGUAAUCCAGGUUCAAAGUGUACCAAGACACCAAAGGUUUACAGCGAUGGUAAUCUCUGUACCAAGGAUGAAUGUGUUCCACUCUCUACCAAUACCUCGGAGCCCAGGUUCACCCCGAUCGUAUGUGCUGCCAGCACAGAUCCAUGUUUUGUUUCACAAUGUGAUCCUGCCAAGGGAUGUGUUCCAGUACCCAUCAAUUGUGACGAUGGCAAUCCAUGCUCGAUCGACACUUGUGUCGCUGGUAAGUGUGUCAAUACCUUGGACACUUGCUCCGAUGGCAAUCCAUGUACUGAAGACCACUGCAAUGCCACUCUUGGUGCCUGUCAACACACACCCAUUCCAUGCAACAACACUGAUAUUUGUAUGGUUGGUACUUGCAGUUCAGCCAAUGGUUCAUGUACCUACGCACCCAAAGUAUGUCCAGACCCAGCCGGCAAAUUCUGCGAGGUCGGUUAUUGUGAUCCAUUGGCUGGCUGCAUCUUCAUCCCAAGAAAGUGUGUUGCCGACAACCCCGAGUGUCAAAAGUCUGUCUGUAACGAAGACGCCAAAAAGUGUGACGAGACCAGCUUUAGUCCCACGCCUUACAAGUGUCUCUCGACAGCCGCCAAAGCAGGUGUUAUUGGUGGUGCAGCCAUUGCUGGUAUCGUCAUUGGUGGUGCCGUCGCACUAGGUCUCGCUGCAUUUGGUGGAAAGAAGGGUUACGACUAUUGGAAGAACACUCAACAACAAAAGAUGACCACUUCCAAUGCCAACCCACUCUAUGAAAAGAAUCCAAACAAUGGUGAAAAUCCACUCUACACUUCAAAUGGAUAG